AUUGCCUGCGUGAGUAACAAAUAUGAGUAUAAAUCCCCAUCUGUCUAAGACCUCCUGAGUGUUUUGUCGUCCGCCAACUACCCAUGCUUUCACACUUUCGACCUGUUCUCUCUCUCCACCGUCUACACCCCAUCACAAGUGGACCUCUACACACCGGUCAUGAUCAUCCUGGGACCCCACUGCAUGCUGGUAUCAAGCAGCAAGCUCGGAUUCCGCGACGUUCAACCCCGCCUCGACAAGAGGACUCGCUCAUAUAGGCAACACAUGUUCGAAGACGAGAACCCGGACCCCCUAUCCCCUUCCUGGGACAACAGCAGUAUGGAUGAAGAAGAUAGAAUCAUCUCGACGCGCAGAGUCGUCCAGGGGCGCAGAGCCAUCGUGAGGCACAGAGCCAUUGUGAGAUACAGAGCUCUCAUAAGUGACAUGGCCAUGUCCCUCAUGGCCAUGAGAGACAGAGACUUUAGAGGCAUAGUCAUGAGAGGCAGAGUCAUGAGAGACAGCAGACCCCCGAGGCACGGCAGAGCCAUCAGGGACAGAAUCCUAUGGACCAGAAACCGCAGAGCCAGAGUCGUGAGAGACGGGAUCGGACCGAGGCACAGACACCGCACAAGGAACGGAGCCGGCGCGGGGCACAACAGAAUCACAGGGCCGAACGCUUCCAGCCAGCGACACGCACAUCUCAAGGGAACCGUCCCGAGGGAACAUUGGACGGAGCCGAGGAUAGUUGCACGGGCACUUCAAACAGUGCGCGAGAAUCCAGACAACGCUUACCCCGAACUCGUACACAUACUCAAUGAAGCGGUGUCUUCGUUAUGGUCCAGGCUCCUUGCGGCACCGGACACCUACAUCAUGACCCCGGACGAGUUCGCCCUCUUCAACUAUUUCCAACACAGGACCCUAGACGCCCAUGUGGCGAGGGAGGCGAGGAGACGGUACUGGGACAACCACAGCGCGCCAGGACACUAGUAAUCCCCGGCGGGACGAGAGAUGCGAGAGGGGCAAGGGAGGCGAGAAGACGGCACUGAGACAGCCACACGGCGCUACGGAUUUGCGGAUAUUGGUAACGGUGCGACGAUCCAAGGAUUCUUACUCGCAGGUCGGAGGUUGUUUACGCAUCUGCGUAGGGAUGCAUUGUCUGGCGUUCUCCGGGGGAGGAAGGUAAAGCAGUUUGACCUGAGCGAGCAAGGUAGUUCAGCAGUUCAACGGGGGGUAAACAGUAAACGGAUUAUCCAG